AAAAUUUUAUUGGUCAGGGCGGAAAAAGCUCCACAUUCUUCUUUCGAGCAGUGUUCUGCCAUGCCUUUUACUGCAACACGCGCGCCGCCACACGGAUUAUCCCUGUUCUCCUGCAGCUCGUCGUCUCGCGCCUUGUCGCUGUUACCGGAAUCUGUACUCGUUCGCUACGGAAACUGUCACUCCGUCGUUGGGGACCGUCGGCUCAGGCUGAUAGCUCUGCCUUCCCGACCUUUGCCCGCCGCCUCUCAUGCUAUAGGUUCUUUUGCAGGCACUUCCAGCAGCAUAGUUUCAAAAACUUCAUCGCCCAGUUUCAUGGGUGAAAGUGGUUUGUUAAUUGUUGGGCCAGGCGUACUUGGAAAAUUGGUCGCUGAAAAAUGGCUGAAGGAUUACCCUGGCAGCCAUAUUUUUGGACAGACAAUGACUACAGAACAUCAUGAUGAAUUGGUGAAGCUUGGUAUUAAACCAUCUUUGAAAGGAAAAAGUGAUGGGGAGUAUUCUAAUAUUAUUUUUUGUGCUCCUCCAUCUAGAACUGCAGAUUACCCUGCUGAUGUUCGACUGGCCAUAUCAAAUUGGAGUGGCAAAGGUUCUUUUCUAUUCACAUCAAGCACUGCUGUAUAUGACUGCAAUGAUGAAGCACUGUGCGAUGAGGACUACCCUGUAGUACCACUCGGUAGAAGUCCUCGCACAGAUGUUCUUCUGAAAGCAGAAAAUGCAGUCCUGGAUGCUGGUGGUUGUGUCCUGAGAUUGGCUGGACUUUAUAAUGCUGAUAGAGGUGCUCAUUUUUAUUAUCUAAAGAAAGGCACAGUUGAUAUUCAUCCAGACGGUAUUCUCAAUCUCAUUCACUAUGAGGAUGCUGCCUCUCUGGCUAUUGCAAUCAUGAAAAAGAAAUUACGAAGUAGAAUUUUCUUGGGUUGCGAUAACGAUCCUAUGUCCAGGGGAGAGCUUAUGGAUUGUGUGAACCAGAGUGGAAAGUUCAGUGAAAGGUUUCAGGGCUUUACAGGCAACAGUGAUAAGCAGACGAAGAGGACGAACAACUCCAAGACUCGUGCUGAGAUUGGAUGGGAACCUAAAUAUUCAAGAUUUUCUGACUUUCUUCAACAUGUCACAUAAUCUUUCAGAAGUUGUCAGUUUUGUUUUUGGGACCAUGCUAUUUUUAUUAGGAAGAUUUAUAAACAUAUCACUUAAUUCCAAAGUAUUUAGAUAUCUAA